GCAGCAUGAUGUCUGGACUACAUCAUCAUCCUGCUAUAAAAGCAGCUGUGAGGGACUAUAGUCUCUCGCACAACUGAAUGAGAGGACUUGGGACACACUUGGGCAUUUUAAAUUCUGGAUGAUGUCCUUUAGCAAAGGGAGAAAAGAAGACAUUUGCCGAAUCAUUCACACUGAAGGCACAGCUGAUGAAGAGCCCAAUGAACAGUGUCAGAAACAGAAGCACAAAAUGAAGAUGCCAAAAACUAUGGAAAAAAUGAAAAGCCUUAGAAAACACAGAAAGAAUUCAAAAUCUGAAGCUGCUCUCACCCCCGAAACACUCUUAGAAGUGGACCUUGAUGCCAUUGAAAGCAUAGCAGAUUCCCCCGGUGAUCCUCAAGCGGAAGGUCAGAAACAAAAAAACAGAAGCAGAAUAUCAGAAAAGAUAAAAAUUCCUGACUUCAAGAAAAGGCAGAAGAGUUUAAAAUCCCCUCGAACUCCAACAGUGGAGUUAGAUUUCAGUGGGAACCUUGAGCAGAACCGUUUGGCUGAAGCACAGCAGCAGCUGUUGGAAGCGGAGGAAUGUCUCUUCAGUUCAAAUGAUUUGACCAAGGCAAAAGAUGAGGGAGACAAGCUGAAUAUGGACUAUGAGAUCUUUAUUUUGCGACUGAGAUUGGUCAUCCAGGACUCUUUCAGUGAGGACAACCAGGAGACACUCAAGAGUGCUUUGACUUCAAUACUUCAAGAGGAGGCACAAGACAGACGCUGGGCAGAAGUGGCCGUGGAUCAGCGACCAGAAUGGAGGCCCACAAGAUGCAGACAGUUGCAUGACACAUUACUCCAGAUUAUUGUGGAGCAACGAAUGAAGAAUGCAGAUGAAGAGGAGAAUAAAGCAGACAACCUGUCUACUUCCUUGAAGAGAGAGGUGUUCCGACUGGGCAAACAAGUGAAGAAAGACCUGCUCAGAGUGGUCCGAAAUCUGAAAGAGUGUUACCCACCAGACUUUGACAUCUGCCAAAUGUAUGCUCGGCUCUACCAUCAAGCCUUUUCCACCAGACUCCAAGAGCUUUCCAGAUCCAAUAUCAGUUUAGAAGAAUGCCUCUAUAUAUUGAAUUGGAUUGUGGAGUACUACCCAAAAGAUGUACUGAAGCACAAAGAAUUAGAGGGGCACAUCAACAGUUCAUCACUUGGACCUCUGUUACCUGAAGAGGAUCUUCAGAGAUUAGGGAAGCAGUGCCUCUCUCACAAAGAGAAUGAGAUCAGAAAGUGGUUAUUCAAUGCUUUAGAGAAAGAAGUAAAAAAAUGGAGUGAUGACAUCGAACCAGAGCUGAUGGAUGGAUAUUACUUCAGUAACUUUGCAGUAGAUGUUUUACCACUUUUAGAUGGGGCUGUAAAAGAUGUCAACAGACUUUUGAACAGCGAAGAUAAAGCCUGGAGUCUUCUGAACCAGCUGGACAGCUUUCUUCUGUGCUAUAAGACAGAUAUGGAGAAACUUAUCAAAAGAAAACCAGAAAACAUUAAAAAAACUCUCAGUGCUAAUCUGGAUAAUAUUUACCAGUUUAGGGAUUAUGUACAAAAACCAGAGCGUCUUUUCUCAGAGGAAACCAGAACAGCUUGCCUGUCCACAUUAGCAGAUCUCAAAAACAUUUGUCACAAAUACUUCCUCAGUCGAAUUCACUCAGAACUAAAGCCGCUGUACCGUAAUCUGUGGAAUAAAGUCUGGUUUGCCGGACAUUGUGAGGCUGUGGAGGAGCUGGUAAAGGCGCUUGAGAAUAUCAUGGACAAUUUCCAAGAGCUGAAGCCUGUCUGCAGAGAGGAGCUACUGGCUGAGCUGCAUGUAGAAGUAAUGGUUGAGUAUGUGAGGCGGAUGAUGAAGAGAAAUCUGAAACUGAAAGACAAAGAGCAGCAAGAAGCAGCUGCUGAGUUCAUCUGCCACGACAGCAAUAAAAUCUGCUCUUGGUUUGACAAAGUGGGAUCCAGAAAGAAAUGGCUCGGUCAAAUACUGCCAAGCUUAUCUGAGAUUCUGAGACUGCAGGAUCCUGGGAGUUUGCAAAUUGAGAUAGUUACUCUGGCAAGAGACUAUCCUGACAUUAGUGAGCAGCACGUUCUUGCUCUCCUAAACCUGAAGACCAAUCUUUCAAGCUCAGAUCUGUCCAAGAUCAAAGAGUGUCUGCGUGAAAACAGAGGCACACUGGACACGGAGUCCCCUACUUCCUUCUUUUCUAAAGUACCCGUCAAACGGAAAAUAAUUUCUCCAAAACUAAAGUCUACUGGACACUUAGUCCUUUACUUCACUCUUCUCUAGAAGUAGGUACUCAUCGUAUUAAAAGUCAUGUGAAUUCCGUUACUGUAGAAGAGGCAGUAACAAUCAUUUCGUAACAAUCAGCUAGAGGUUGAGCAAACCCGAACUUACACUCAAAACAAACCAGCAAACACAUAAGUAAAAUGAACACAAUAAAUAGGAAGGAAAGCACACAAACACAAGGUUAGAACAAUCAAGUAACGAGCACCAAAUAAGGACUAAACAAGGGGGCAGGACGAAAGGAGCACAUGGCCAACAUAAAUAAGUCGUGGUCAUAAGCCCUAUUCGGACGGGACUAGAUUUCUAAAUUACAUUUGAGUUUCGAUUCUUACCACCUGACAUCUGUGAUUUUCAUGUACUGCUUUUGUGUGUGUGUGUGUGUGUGUAGUAGGCUAAACCUACAAUAUGUUUAAUUUUCAUAAAAGGUACAUAUGUAAUUAAAAUAUUAUGUAACUGAGUGCACAAAUGAAUGUGAGUAAUCUUACCUGAUGCUGAUAUUACAAUAGCCGGUAUUAACAGUUUACGUGAUCUUUCUCUUGAUUUUAUUAUUUUUAUUAUUAUUUAUUUGCCGUUAAGCAAAUAUAUCAAACAUCCGCGCGGUAAGUACGGUAAUUCACGUUGGCCAAAACACACAAGGGAACGCGUUGUGAAAUAAAAUAUCACCGGCAAUCACAGACAUUCGAAUUCGGACAGGAUUAGUUUUCUCAGAGGACUUUUGCUGAAAAAAAAAAAUCGGAGUUUGCUGAAAAACAGUAGGUAAUUUGCUCUGGAAUUAUCACAGAGGUUGUGUGAAAAAACACAGACGUGGUAGAUUCGGAUGACAUUAAAAUCACCAAGUACGUCUGUGAAACACAUUUCUCGAAGGACCCCCUGUAAAACUAGUCCUGUCCGAAUAGGGCUAUACACAGGAAAAACAAAGAAACACUAAACAAAGACAAAACAGACACCGCUGCCAGGGCAGAAACCUGACAGUAUCCCCCUCCCAAAAGAUGCCUCCUGGCAUCCUAACCGGGCAAACAAGUCCAGGGGGUGCAGACAGCAGGACCAAAGCAACCGGGCAGCACGUGGGGGGGUGGAGUAAAUCCAGGGGUGUAGCCUGACAGGGUAGACCUGAAGGCAGCAGGCAUAGUUUGAGUACUGUAAAAGCCUUGCUGCAGAUAACAUGGGGCCAUAUGGAUACGGGUGGUGGCAUAAGUAGAAAUACUGACCGGCUUGACAAGUGAUGGCUUGAGAGUGGUAGUGGAAGUGGAGAGUUCUGAAGAUGUGGAGAUAGGACCAUGGUAAGGUACCACCUCCUGAAGUUGGAUUGGAUCUAGAAUGGGUGCUGGGACUGGCUCUGAGGGUCUUGGGUUAAAUCUGUAGCAGACUUUGACAGCUUCUGGACUGAAGCAGACUCAGGACCUUGAGUCAACAAUCGAGCGGGUUCAGGGGCGGACUCUUGACUUUCAACUGGAGCUGCAGAGCACAAAGCACUUGGUUGACUCAGGACUGGGAUGUGACUGGGGCCGAUUCAGAGGCUGGAACCAGCACAGAGGUCUCAUUGGCAGAUGCAGCAGCUCUGGCCACCCUCAUUCUUCUCUCUCUUCUCAGUGGGAGUCGUGAGAGAGGGUGGGGUGAUCACUGUAGGUGGACUCUGGUGGUGUAUUUGCCAAUCCUUGCAGCGGUAAAAAUAGUUGGAGACGCCUAAGAAUUCCAGUAUCCUCAUUUGCUCCAUCUCCCACUGUGGCGGAGGGUCAUUCUGGCAGAUAUUAAAGGCCUCCUUGAGGGCAGCAUCAUCAUAUUCCAGCCCCCUGGCCAUAGUCCAGAAUGAUUGGGCAAAGCCCUUCACCUCCCUGCUUUGCUGAUGGAGGGAUGCCACCACUUGGUGGAGAGCCCUUCUCCCUUGAGAUGUAGCAGCAGGAACCACACAGAAGCUCAUACUGCUGGGUCCAAUAGUGGCAGGUUUGUUUGGUCACGGUUACGGAGGGAGAGGACCCAAAUGCAGAAUGAGCAAGGGAAGUUUGACAAAUUAGAUAAUGCACAAUAGGAGUGGCUUGAACUGUCCAGACCGCAGGGUAGGGCGUGGGGGGGGGGGGGGGUGACCGCCGAGAAGGGCCCUGGGAGACAAUCGAGUGCAAGACUGUAGGGGAGGAGGCAGCACUAGAGACCAGACCACAGCACAAGGAACCAAGGGCACUGGGCUAGGGACGUAAAGCUGCACACGUCAGACCCCCAGGCGGGGAGACCCAGUGACCAGGGAGACAAGACAAGAACAGACAGAGAACUCACAGAAAAACAGACAAGACCCAGUCAAAAAUGAUGGCAAGAGAAGAAAUAAUAAUAACAACAACAACAACAACAACAACAACAACAACAACACAAGAACAAAAAGGCAAACAGGAAUACUAUGACCUAGAAACUAAAUAAUUAAAAGGAGAGCUAGAGAUAACCAACACUGACAAACCAAAUUAAACUAAAAAGUAAAGAAACAAAUAAAAGUAAAAAGUCAAACUCAAGAGAGAUCCAAACAAACUGAAACUAGACUAGAUUAAAACAGUGACAAAAUAAACUAAUAAAUACUAGACCUUAACAGACAAGGAAAAAAAAAAGAUUUUGUAACAAUCAGCUAGAGAGCUAAGCAAACCCGAACUUACACACAAAACGAACCAGCAAACACAUGAGUGAAAUGAGCACAAUAAACAGGAAGGAAAGCACACAAACACAAGGUGAGAACAAUCAAGUAAUGAGCACCAAACAAUGACUAAAUGAGGGGGCGUGGUCAUAUGAAACAAGGGGGCAGGACGAAAGGAGCACAUGGCCAACAUAAACAAACACAAAGCCAUGUGGUCAUACACAUACCCUGCAUGGUCAGUGUUGGAGUCUAUCCCAUCGAGGGACACUCAGUAUAACCAGUAUUAUUUUACGUAAUAUUUUUAUUACAAAAAGUCAUAUGAUUGUUACAGUUUUUCUCAACUGAUUUAUAAAUUAAGGCAGAGAUCAAUGUAUUUUGAAAAUUAUAUUUAAUCAAUUACAUUUUUGAAAAUGGCAGAACAUAAAACAAUUUUAGGGCACUGAAUUUGUGUAAAACCAGUUGAGAAAACCUGUGAAAUCAAAUAUAAAAAGGUGUAUGUAUUUAUUCUAAAAUAAAGAAAGUUUUAGCUUUAUUUGAAUCCAUGUUCAGCUCUGAAAAUAAAGACUUUAAUGUCAA